GAAAAUGGAAGUAACACAUUCAUUUGUGCUGUGCAUCUGACAGAAAGAAGAAAAGUGGGGGUUAGAGAAGUGUGGUUGUCCGUUUCCUGCUCUGAGUUGAUGUGUGCACAGAACAGAGAAGAGAAACUUCCUUUACUGUAGAGUUUAUUGGUGUGAGAGCUGAGAGGACGCUUUUUCAGAUGCUGCACACAGACAUUUUAGAUUAACCUGGGAAAUUAAUUAUAGGACCAUGAGCCGUGGAUCUAAAACAAAAUUGGAGAGUGUCCAGAGCUGUCUGCUGAGCCUACAAGAGAAUGACAAACUUGAGGAGCUGCUGGGCAGAAGGUGUGCUUCCAUGGCCACCGCAGUUGCACAGUUGUUCAUGGCUCUGCCCAACAGCCCAUCCUUCUGGAGUCUGCAACACACCGGAGUAGUCUGCUUUGUGAAGGACAACCCCAAACGCUCAUACUUCAUACGGAUGUUUGAUUUGAAGAUGGGGAGACUGAUAUGGGAGCAAGAAAUCUACAACCAAUUAGUUUACUCCGCACCACAAUCCUUCUUUCACACUUUUGCUGCAGAUGACUGUCAGGUUGGACUGAACUUUGCUGAACAACAGGAAGCAGACACCUUCCAAAAUGCAGUUGUGGACAAAAUUAACCAAAGAAACACCCGCCAAGAUAAGAAACAACGCCCCCUACCUCCUAUUGAAAGAAGUGGUCCACCUCCACUACCAAAUGAAAAAGUAUCUACCAGCCCUGUUGGUCUUCACAUGGCUACAGUUGACAUCCAGAACCCAGACAUCCAGUCUUCACGCUACCGCUCAAUGCCUUCACCUGCUUCCGCCUCAUUACUGACCAGUAAAGGAAAGAAGGAUAAGAAGAGCAAGAAAAAGGGGCCCAAACUUUCCAAAGCAGACAUUGGAGCCCCAAGUGGAUUUAAGCAUGUUACCCAUGUCGGCUGGGAUCCCAACAACGUUGACCCUGACCUUUUGAGACUGCUCUCCCAAGCUGGGAUCGGUGAAGCUGAAAUGAGGGAUGAACAGACCUCCCAGCUCAUCUAUAAUGUCAUCGAGCAGUCUGGAGGCAUGGAGGCAGUCAAAAGGGAGCUGAACAGAGAUGCUUCUGGGCCUCCACCUCCCCCACCAGGCAGACAGGGGCCUCUCCCUCCGGUGCCGGGUUCCGGUGCCCCGGCUCCUCCACCUCCACGAGGCCGUUCUGGACCUUUGCCUCCCGUUCCAGGCCAGUCAAGAGGGAGCCCGUCCUCACAGCCUCCUCCAUCACGGGGUAGCCUACCGCCCCCACCUCCAACAAACCGAGGUGGUCCUCCACCACCUCUACCACCUUCACACACUUCAUCCUCUCACUUCCCUUCACCACCACCUUCAAGACCCUCAAUGUCUCACAACCCACCUCCUCCUCCACCGCCGUCCAACCACCAGCGCUCUGUGGGUUUCCCACCUCCUCCCGUCCCAUCUGCACCUAACAGAGGAGGGGGUGGUGGAGGUGGAGCAGGGCCUCCCCCUCCUCCUCCUCCACCUCCUCCACAGACCCUGAUCUCUUCAGAUUUCCCACCUCCUCCUCCUCUAGGUGGAACUCCACCUCCGCCACCUCCAACAGCCUCAUGUGGAGGAGGGAACAGCAGGGGGGCAUUACUGGAUCAGAUCCGACUGGGGAAGAAGCUCAGAAAUGUGACAGAGUGUCCUGAACCUGCUACACCUACACCACCAGAAUCAGGCGAAGGAAUUGUUGGUGCUCUCAUGAUGGUUAUGCAGAAGAGGAGUAAAGUCAUCCAUUCCUCUGAUGAAAGUGAAGAUGAUGGAGGAGAUGAUGAUGAUGACGAUGACGAAUGGGAUGACUGAUGAGGCAGUUUAUGGUUUUGUGGAUUUAAAGCUUAGUUUGACUGGGAUUAAUAUUGGAAAAUGCUGAAUUUUAACACUGUUAUAUGUUUUCAGGGUUUUAUAGCCUUAGUCAUUGCAAAUUAUUUGUUUGACUUGUGCAUGAUACAACAUAAGUGAUUUAAUAAAAGUGCAACUAAAGGGC